CUCCCCCUCUCCCUCUCUCUCCUCAGCGUCUGGACUCGGCGGUAAACCGGGACGUGGGCAGGGGGGGCGGGUAGCGCGUGCCGAGGCCCCCGCCUCGACCUCACCGGACGAUGGCGGAGGGGGCGCGGCCACCCUCCGGCCCCCAGGGGGCCUACCAGUGCCUGGAGUGCGGCAAGGCCUUCAAGUGGUCGUCGCGGCUGACCCACCACCAGAGGAGCCACACAGGCGAGAGGCCGUACAAGUGCGGCGACUGCGGCAAGGCCUUCAAGGGCUCCUCGGCGCUACUGUACCACCAGCGCGGCCACACCGGCGAGCGGCCCUACAAGUGCUCGGAGUGCGGCAAGGCCUUCAAGCGGGCCUCGCUGCUGGCGGUGCACCAGCGGGUGCACACGGGCGCCCGGGCCUUCCGCUGCCAGCUGUGCGGCCUGGCCUUCAAGUGGUCCUCCCACUACCAGUACCACCUGCGGCAGCACACCGGCGAGCGGCCCUACGGCUGCCCGGAGUGCGGCAAGGCCUUCCGCAACUCCUCCAGCCUGUCCCGGCACCGGCGGCUGCACACGGGGGCCCGGCCCUUCCCCUGCCAGGUCUGCGGCAAGGCCUUCGCCCAGAGCUCCAACCUGCGGCAGCACCUGCGCACCCACACCGGCGAGCGGCCCUACGGCUGCGGCGAGUGCGGCCGGGCCUUCACCCACUCCUCCAACCUGCUGCUGCACCGGCGCACCCACGCCCCGGGGCCCGCCGCCCCCUUGCCCUGCCCGGUCUGCGGCAAGGCCUUCGCCGCCCGGGCCUACCUGCGGCGCCACCUGCGCACCCACGCCGGCGUCAGCGGGGAGGGGGCGCCCCUCCCGGAGGCCCCUCUGCCCGCCCCGGCGCUGCCAGCCCUCCAGCCCCUGCCAGCCACCCACGUUAUCCACAUCGUCCAGGCCGUCCCCACCGUCCACCUGGUGCAGACCUUCUGAGGCUCCGUGCCGCGGGGAAGCGUUCCCGCGUUUCCCAACCCCCCUUCCCAUUCCUACCCCCCCUUCCCUCCCGAGGGAGUCCACGGAUUUUCCGCAUUUGGCGCCUCCCGCCGCUGGGGAUCGACGGAUUUUCCGAGUUUGGGACUU